AUGGCAGAGCGGUACAGUGGCUUACGCUACAAAAUUCUGGUGCGAUUAGCGUCUUCAAUAGCGUUUGGUGUCGUCUCAAGUCCAUUUUUGUUGACUGCAGUAAUUAGAUAUCACUCGAAUAUAGAAGUUCAAGGAGCGCGUCGGAAAGGAAAGUUUGAAGAAGCUGAAACGUUACAACAGUUAUACAACCAGGUUUAUGUAGAUAACUUAAUUACACGAUGUGACACUCCUGAUAAAUUUAGUUAUUUACAUGAAUUAGUAAAACGAGUAUUUAAAAAAGCAUCGUUCAAUAUGCAAACAUGGGCUUCUAACAUUCCUCAAAUUGGCGAUUUGAUUCCGAAAGAUGAUUUGAACGAAGCCAGGACACAAAAGGUUUUGGGAUUAACUUGGCAGCUGGAUAAGGACGAAUUACAAUUAUACUUUAUAAAGAAUCCAAGGAAUAAUGAGAAAGCUACAAAACAAACUAUUUUAUCUCGACUCGCGCAAAAUUACGACCCUCUCGGGUUGGACAGCGCCAGCUAA